AUGCAUCGGCAAGUAUCGCUCAACUUUGCUCGUGAAACUAUGGAAUCAUCCGAUUUUAUUGGUAUUUUAUUCGCCAUGAAAAUUGAUCCGUCUAUCGCAUCAACACCAUUUGCUGUUGUCCGUGACAUCAGUUACUUCGAAGGAGAAGAAGAAAUUCUCUUCUCUGUGAAUUCCAUCUUUCGUAUUGGACCAAUGAAACAAAUUGAUGGAAAUAAUCGUCUUUGGCAAGUCGAUUUAACAUUGGCCAGUGACAAUGAUCCAGACUUGCAUGCACUAACUGAAUGGAUGCGAGAAGAGACUAAAGAAUCAACAGGAUGGCUUCGACUAGGAACACUGAUGAUAAAGUUAGCUCAAUACAACAAAGCCGAACAUUUAUAUGAAAUAUUGCUUGCUCAGAGAACUUUUGACGAUGAGAAAGGAAAUAUUUUUUAUCAGCUUGGAGUGGCCAAACUUCACCAAGGAAAGUAUGCAGACGCGCUCACAUGUUAUGAAAAAUCGUUGAAAAUUCGUCGAAAAUCUCUUCCAUCGCAACAUUCAAAUGUGGCUGAAUGUUAUAACGAUAUAGGUGUGGUGUAUGAAAAGAUGGGUGACUAUUCCAGAUCACUUUCAUCUCAUCAAAAAGCACUGAAAAUCUACCAAAACGCUCUUCCUCCAUAUCAUCCUAACUUGGCUACUUCUUACAACUGCAUUGGUUUGGUGUAUUUCAAAAUGGCUGACUAUUCGAAUGCACUUUCAUCUUAUCAAAAAGCACUGAAAAUCAACCAAAAAAUCCUUCAUUCAAAUCAUCCUGAUUUGGCUACUUCUUAUAACAGCAUUGGUUCGGUGUACGACAACAUGGGUGACUAUUCGAGUGCACUUUCAUAUUAUCUAAAGGACUUCGAAAUCUGCCAAAAAACUCUUCCUCCAAAUCAUCCUGAUUUGGCUAAUUCCUGUAAUAGUAUUGGUUUACUCUAUGCAAAGAUGGGUGACUAUUCAAGUGCACUUUCAUCUCAUCGGAAAGCACUGGAAAUUCGCCAAAAAAUUCUUCCUUUAAAUCAUUCUGAUUUAGCUACUUCUUACAACAACAUUGGUGCAGCGUAUGACAACAUGGAUGACUACUCGAAUGCACUUCCAUCUUAUCAAAAAGCACUAGAAAUUAAACAAAAAACUCUUCCUUCAAAUCAUCCUGAUUUAGCUAUUUCUUACAACACCAUUGGCUCACUCUAUGACAACAUGGGUGACUACUCAAAUGCACUUUCAUAUUAUCAAAAAGCACUGGAAAUCCACGAAAAUACUCUUCCGUUAAAUCACUCUGAUUUGGCUACUUCUUACAACAGUUUUGGUUCUGUAUAUGCAAAGAUAAAUGAUUAUUCGAAUGCACUUUUAUAUUAUCGAAAAGCACUGGAAAUCUACCAAAAAAUUCUUCCUUCAAGCCAUCCUAAUUUGGCUACUUCUUGCAACAGCCUUGGUUUAGUGUAUGACACCAUGAGUGACUAUUCGAAUGCACUUUCAUAUUAUCAAAAAGCACUGGUAAUCAAACAAAAAACUCUUUCUCCAAAUCAUCCUGAUUUGAUUAGUACUUACAACAACAUUGGUUUAAUGUAUGACAAAAUCGGUGACUAUUCGAAUGCACUUUCAUCUUAUCAAAAAGCACUGGUAAUCAAACAAAAAACUCUUCCUCCAAAUCAUCCUGAUUUGGCUAGUACUUACAACACUAUUGGUUCAGUGUAUGAAAACAUGGGUGACUAUUCGAAUGUACUUGCAUCUUAUCAAAAAGCACUGAAAAUCUACGAGGAAACGCUUCCCUUAAAUCAUCCCGAUUUGGCUAGUACUUACAACAACAUUGGUUUGGUGUACAACGACAUGGGUGACUAUCCGAAUGCACUUUCAUUUUUUGAAUGUGCUGUUGAAAUUGGACAACGUUCACUACCAGCAAAUCACCCUAGUCUACAACUAUGGAAGAAGAACCUCGAAAGCUUGAAAAGGAAAAUUUAA